AUGCACCCAAGAAAUGUAUGCACGUACGAGAUUCUCAACUUGUUUCCGUUCUCCUCCGAAUCGAAACGCAUGGGUAUUAUCUUGCGGGACCGAACAACACGAAAGAUCACAUUCUAUGUGAAGGGUGCGGAUACGGUCAUGAAAACUCUGGUAUCCUAUACCGAUUGGUAUCACACGGCCAAGAUGUCCGUGGUUGACCGAGUGGAAAAAAUGCAAGCAGUGGUAGCCACUCUGGAAACGGAAUUGGAUGUGCUCUGUCUCACUGGUGUGGAGGAUAAACUCCAAGAAGGGGUUCGACCUACUCUCGAGGCGUUGCGUAACGCAGGAAUCCGCGUUUGGAUGUUGACCGGGGACAAACUGGAAACGGCCGAGUGUAUAGCGAAGUCCUCACGUCUUGUGGCCCGUGAUAUGCCCGUGUACACUUUUCAAAAUGUCACCGGUCGUAUGGAUGCACAUUUGGAACUGAAUGCGUUCCGGAAGCGAUGUGAACACGCACUGCUCAUCACCGGCUCGGCCAUGGAGGUGCGUGGAUAUCUGGUUUCGUUUUUUUGUUUUGUUUCGGUGUGCUUUUCUUUGUUCUCAGUUGUGUGUGUGGUGCGAAGACUGCUACAGAACUUGCAUGCUCCGGUGUCCUGGCGACGAUCCUAUAGAAGGUCUAUCACAAACUAA